AUGAUUAAAUUUAAUUUUAUAAUUUUAAUAUAUAUAUUUAUUUUAUUGAAUAUCCAAUCCGUCGGAAGAAAAAUACGUGUUGAUUUAAAAAUCAAAGAUGACUGGGAAGAAAAAAGAGAAUUUAUUUAUCUAAAAAAUGUUGAACUGAAAAAGCGUUUCGUUGUGAAAGUAAUUGAUAAACAAAAUAAUCAACACGAUAGUUUUAAUAAAAAUAUAGAAGGAUAUUUGCGUUCAAUUGAGUUAAAUCUAGAAAAAAAUAUGUUUGAAGUUGAAAUAGGUGAUGAAUCAAAAUAUAUUCCUUCUGAUCAAUUAAGAAAGAAAAUUUUGAUUGAAAUUACUUAUAAUGAAAUAAUUCAAAAUUUUAUGCCUGGGCUUGAAAAAAUGGUAUAUUUUUAUUAAUAAAAUUUCCGGUAGGGGACACAUCAGUUCUGCCGUUUCAUACCCGCCAAUUUAGUCCGCCCAUUUCAGUCACGUGCCAAUUCAGUCCCCGCCGCUUAAGUCGCGCUGUUUCAGUCCCGCUUUCUGGUGACAUUUCAGUC